CUUAGGCGUUGGCCCACUCUAUCAAUUUCCCUUCACCCAAGAGAAUAAGAUUCUCCUAAAACUAUUUAUUUAAUCACCGGACCCACCUUUCUUCCAUCUUUUCCAUCUCAACCGUUGGAUCAUUGCCUUUCCUUUAUAUAUAAACAACAAACCCGUUGUGAUCUCUUCGAUAUCUUUUAGGAAACUACUGGAGCAGCCAAAAUCCCAUUUCUCGAAGAUAAAAAAAAUCACUAUGGAGAGUGAAAGCCAGAAUUUGGAGUUGAAGCAUCUAGGUUUUGUGAGGAUUGCUUUGAUUCAAACGAUUGUUUGUGUUACGAAUCUGUAUGAUUACGCGAAGCAGAACUCUGGACCUUUGAGAUCUGCGGUUGAAAGUGUGGAGAGCGCUGUAAACACUGUUGUAACUCCGGCUUAUGAAAAGCUUCGAAUCGCUCCUGAUGAUGUUCUUGUUUUUCUUGACGGGAAGGUUGACAAAGCUACACAUGAGUUUGAUAAACGUGCACCUCCUCUAGCAAAACAAGCAGCUCAAAUUACUCAGCAUUUCAUCCAAAAAGCUGCUAGAACUGGAAAAGAACUUGUGAACGAGUUUCAAACUGGCGGACCACGCGCAGCCUUUCACUAUGCAGCGAAUGAGUACAAGCAAUUGGUUCUAGACCAAGGAGUGAAGAUGUGGGCAGGACUCAACCGGCUUCCAUCGUUCCACAAGUUCGCAGACAUGGCAGUGCCGACUGCAGCUCAGUGGUUGGAGAGCUACAACAGCAAGGUGAAGGAAUUGAGGCAGAAGGGUUACCAUGUCUUCGACUAUUGUCCCGAGGUUCCUGUGAGUAAGAUAGCAAAGGCAUUUAAGCAGGGCGAGGCGAAGGAGAAGGAAGAGACAUCUCCAACUACUCCUGAACAAGCUCCAUCCAAGAACGAAGCAGGUUCGGAUUCUGAUUCUGAUUCGGACUCGGCUUCGGUUGCAGGUCCCAAUUAGAAAAUGGGGAUUGAUUAGCCAAUGGUGUGGUUUGCAAGAUUGUAAGAUUCAUGAUGUAGGAGCACAACAAUGUUGGAGCCUUGGAAGGCUGUAAAUGUGUGAAUGGGACAUGAUGAUGUGUUGUUAUGGAAACUCAGGUGAUGUCUAUAUAUUAAGUGAACCAGUGAAGUUUUAGAACGA